AUGGUUGAUCCUCGCGACGAAUCUCAGUUUACUCGGCCUGUCCGUCUCCAACGUCGGGAUCCGCGCGCCCGGUCACAUGGGAUGGGUUCAGAAAAAGGCCAGGAUAUCCAGAAAGAGGCAUCUGAAUCUAGCAACCAUCUGGAAGAUGCUGAACGUGAAGAAUUAGAGACUAGAAAGGCGGCCCGUGAGAAGGAGCGUGCGGAGAAUUUGGCUCAAAUAGCUCCGUCUAUUGGGUCGGCGCCGAAGAGAUCCAAUGCACCCAAACAAAAAACACAACAGGUCUCAAAAACUGACAUGACGCCAGAAGAGAUAGCCAGAACUCGAAUAAAAUAUGAAGAAGCUUUGCCGUGGCACCUGGAGGAUUUUGAUAAUAGAAAUAUUUGGGUCGGUAAUUAUGAGGCUGCUCUGUCUGAAACGCAUGCGAUAUUCGUACUCGAGAAUACAGGAAAGAUGAGAAUGAUUCCAGUGGAGAAAUGGUAUAGGUUCAAUGCAAAAAAUCAAUUCAAGACCCUGACCAUAGAAGAGGCAGAGAAGUUUAUGGCGAAGAAGGUGAAAGACCCUAGGUGGUUUAUGGAAAAGCAGCAAGAGCUAGCUCAGCGAAAAGAGCUUGAACAGUAUGCCAAACAACGGAAAGUAUAUGCCGGCAAACAGGCUACCCCUGGUGGUGAAAGCCUUGAAGCUGGUGAAAUGGAUUUCGAGGAAGAUCGAUUUGCGGAUGACGAGGAGCAUGAUGAUUUAUUUAACGAGGAUGAGGAAACGAAGGCUGCUGAAAAAAGAAUUAAGCAAGAUCAAUUGAAGGCCAAUGUGUUUGACCUCAAAGAGGAAAAAGAGUAUGAGGAUGAGGAGUUGAGAGAGAAGAAGGAAAGAGAGGCGCGUCGAGUGCUAGGGAAAAAAGUAAGGAAAGCGCUUCAGAAGAGGGAAAAGAAUUACGACUAUAGCAGUGGGUCUGAUGUCAAUCCAUAUUCCGAUGAGGAGGAGAGCUCCGACGAUAGUGACGCCGAACGACUGAAGGAGGAAGAGCGAAAGGUUGAAGAAGAGCGGAGCAAGAAAGAUUCAGCAGUGUCUUCCAAGGGUAGCAAUACCCCGUCAGGUCGUCCAAAGCAUACUGAUCCCUCCAAGAAAGGCACAGCUACUGCUCAACAGAAGCGUCUUGGGUCACCUAAUGUAUCUGAUGCAAGUGGGACGGAUAGUUCUCGUAAAAAGGGAAAGAGCAAGCACACAUCUUCUCACCCUACACCUCAGCCAAUUUCUCACCCCAUGUCUCCAAUUGCAUCAUCCGUUCCAAUUGGAAAGAAACGUGUUCGAAAUGGACCAGCUGGCGGCGCGGGAUCUGCGAGUGACGUUGACCCUGGUGCAGGCUCAGGCGGGGAGAUGAGUGAGAGGGGGAAGACUAAAAAAUUGAAGCUUAGUCCUUUAGCCUCUCAAGGUGGAACACCACAAGGAUCGCGAGCAGGAAGCCCUACACCUUUAGCUGGCAGGAGUUUCUCUGGGAGUCGGGCCAGCAGCCCAGAGCCAUUCAAAGGCCAAACCCGUGUUCCCACCCCGGGGCCUUCCAGUGACCAAACUUUCCCAACACCUGCAGAGAUUCAUGCCGCCAUUCCACAGUCUGGCAUUCUUAGCAGCGACUUGCUGAAGAUAUUCCGUCCUCGCAUCGGAGAUUCCAAAGAGAACCAUAGGAGGUUUAUAGCGAUCGUUAAAGACGUUGGUGUUUAUGGGAAGGAAGAUCGACUCCUACGGCCUGGGACUCUGAAGGAGAGAAAUGAAUGA